AUGGGUACCGCGUCACUUUUCGUAUUAAUAUUGCCAGUGUUGUCUUUUUGUGGAUUGUAUCGCAUUCUAUACAAUGUUUUCUUCCACCCAUUGCGGAAAUUCCCUGGGCCAUGGAUGGCCGGGGCGACAUCAUGCUGGAGGGCAUACAAGGAAGUUAUAAAACAAGAAACCUUGGCCCAAGAGCCUUUUACUCAUCAUAAAAAAUAUGUUUACCAUAGCGGCAAACGAUGGGACAAGGAUAAAGAUUUCUAUCGAACACCUGGUAUCAAGAGUGGAACUUUCGUGCUUUUGAUAUAUGCCCAAGCGAAGGAACGACAGGGGGCUGUGCUUCCUAUUUUUUUCCAAAAGGCCGUCAAUAGCCUAGAGCAUCUUGUCUGGUGUAAUGUGAACAACCCGCUUAGCAACUUCCAUCACCAGGACAAGCGUGACGAGAAGCUCUAUCGACCUACUUUACGCAUUACGCUCCCUAGACACAGUCAUCCAUGGAUGCUAGCCUUUGCAUGCUGCCCCCUUAAUCCAGAUCUGAUUUUUGCCGUUCCCCCAACCCUAGUCAUACGUUUUAUGCCUCAAGCUCAACGACUGGCUCCACGUCUAUAUUUGGUCAAACAGCUGCACGUCGUUUUAAAAUGCCCUUCUAAACUUGACACUUUACCCCAUCAAACUAUCUUCUAUCGCAUGCUCGACCCCCAGGCUUAUCGGAGCAAAAAGCUCCUAGACUUGACAGCCUUGCACGAUGAAGGGUUCACCCUCAUCUUUGCAGGAUCCAAUACAGUAGCUGAUACACUGCUCAUGGGCUACUGGCAUUUAAUGCAGAAUCAGAUCUUAUUGGCAGAACUAAGACGCGAAAUUAUGACAGUGUGGCCAGUUAUCGCAAAACAGCCCUUAUUAACAGACCUCGAGACCCUUUCCCUCCUCACAGCAACCAUUAAGGAAGCCCUGAGCUUCAUUCCAUCAGGAGUCUCACUGACACGUGUCGUACCUAUAGGUGGAGCUGUAAUAUCUGGCCAAGAGAUACUUGGCGGCACAAUAGUGGGCAUGGCAAUCUUACAUGUACACCAGUCCGCCGAAGUCUGGGGGAGAGAUGCCCUUGAAUUCCGACCAGGACGUUGGCUGGAGGGGGACAAAUCGGAAACAGGCAGUGAAACUAAUAUUGACUUGGACUACCGGCUUGUCUCUUUCAGCCGAGGACCACGUAUGUGUUUUGGUCUGAAUCUGGCCUGGGCUGAGAUGCACAUCGCCUUUGCGACGAUGAUUCGGCGCUUUGAACUAACGAUCGACGGAACAACAAAUAAAGAUAUGGAGUGCAUUGCUGCUUACUAUCCUAGAAGGCAUUUACAUGCGUGGUGCCAACCAACUUAG